CGAUAAACGCUUCAAUAUGAGAUACGCUUGGUGGGUUAUUUUUCGCUCACCGGUAAACGCUUCUUGGGCGCAACAACACGCUUCACGGUAACUCAGCAUGAUAAAAUAGGAAUCUUUCGUAGCGUACGGAGCGUCGCUCGGUUGAUCAGUGUUGCUCCCUAGUUUCUUCCUGGAUGAAGAGAACGAAGCGAAUUUGCUAAAUCCAGCGGAAAAGGAGGAUUGGGAAAUACGAAAAAGGAACAAACGGCCGCUGUCAAUUUUGUCCCGUUUUGUCAGUUAUACAGGAGACCCACAAUACACCCCACCAACAACAGUUUUGGUGGUUGUGCACCCGAAUGCACAUACUGUUUUUUUCCGUCAUCAUCACCAUCCCCCAACGCUGAGUCUAUCCACCAAAAAAAAACGAGCGAAAAAGAGUGAGAAAAUUGGUAAAGCAGUGUUCAUGUGAGAGUGUGUGUGUGUAGUGGAAAAUGGUACGGAAAGUGUUGUUGCCCGUGAUGGUUUUAUGCUUUCCUAUCGCAACGAGCUCGCGUACAGCUGUGGGGAAAGUGCAGAAAAAGAAAUGAAAAGCGCGUAGGGUGGUGUGCGUGUGCGCGAUUGUGAUGGUGAGUAAAGGCGUCGCUCACGCAUUGUGUCGCUGACGUUUAGUCGCGUUCGAAGAGCCGCACUGAGAGCAAGCAAAAGCAAGAAGGAGAGUGUGUUUUGUGAUUUUUGUGUGGGCAUCACACGCGUGAGCGGCCCAUGAUAUUCCGUGCGUGCGUGUGCGUCGUGUUUUCUUGUUCUUGGCAAUAGGCGAUCCAAGUACACACAUCAAGGAAUCUAUCAAUCUGAAACUUGAAGAAUCUCGUGUGCGUUGUGAAGAGAGGGGAAGGGAAAACAUUUCAGAUUCUUCAACGCUCAGUUACCUAUAACUGCAGAAAGAAAGAAAAAAGAAUCAACCCUUUUUAAGUAGCUGGCGUACGUGGUUGUGAGGGAAACCCCUUUACGUCGUAGAGGAAGCAGUUAGCAAUUUCCCGGUUGGGCGUAGAAUUUUACGUACGAAACAAACAUAGCGAAACAUGUCUAGCUGGGCCCAGCGGAUGCACCGCCGGGCGGCGACCUUCGGCAGUGUGGUAACGUCCUGCGGCCAUCCCGGCACACCGUACCCGAACCGGCUGGAAAAGGUAAAGUUCGGUGUACCGUUGGAGGAUGUGUGCAAGAACGAUAUCCCCGGGCCGCUGCUGGUGCUGAUACUGAAGCUGAACAAGGAGGCACCGUGCCGGAAGGAUGUGUUCCGGGCGCCCGGUAAUCAGGGCGCGAUGAAGAAGCUGAUCCACUUUCUGCAGCAGGGCCGGCUGGUCAAUGUGGACAACUAUUCGGUUUAUACGAUCGCGAGCGUACUGAAGAAGUUCCUGCGCAAGAUCCCGGGCGGUGUGUUCGGCCGGGAAGGUGAGGCGGAACUGUUCCAGAUAGUGGACCUCGACGAUGAGGUGCAGCAGCAGGAGAAGAUUCACAGACUACUUAUGUCACUGCCAGGCCACACGCAGCGUUUGCUGGUGUUGCUGUUUGGAACAUUCCGCGUGAUUGCCAGCAACUCCGAACGCGCCGAAACGGGUAUGACGAGCGAAGCGCUGGGAGUCUCGGUGGCGCCCAGCUUCUUCCAGUCAUGUGUCAGCGACGGCAAGACGGCACGCAUGAAGGAUGUGCUGCGAUUUAAGGCGGAAGUUCACGUGGCGACUAAAAUAAUGAAGCAGAUGAUAGAACAAUUCACUGCCUGUGAUCUGUUCGGACGCGUUAACUAUGAGUAUUAUGCACGGGUAACCGGGCGUGUCCUGCGAGUGCAAGACGAAUGGAUAUGCUCGUUUCGUUAUCCACCGCCACCACGGGGCAAAACGGCACAACAACAUUAUGCGUUAAAAUUAGCUUUAGAGACCGAAAAAACCUGGCUGCAGUGUGAAUGCGAACGAUGGGGUCUAAUCGCCCAGGAGGAAUCACAUUCAACACCAGCCCUAUUGACCACGGGCGGUCCGAACGUAGGUAACUCGGCUGUAUCUCUCGGCAUCAUUCCAGAGCACUCAUUGCUUGAAUCAUGCGCUCGGCUUUCUGUGUCGCUUGAAGGCCCAGGGAUAUUCAAUGUGCAAAAGUCCAGCUGCUCCUCGUCGUCCCAUUCGUCAUCGUCCAAUACACGGUCCGGCUCGCAGCAUCACAUGACCAUGGACGAGCUCCGGGCCGUUAAUCGGUACGCGGAGAGUACCAAGAGCCUUUCCUACCUGCCUCAGGUGCACGAACGGCAGGCGGCAAGGAUGCGCACCCGAUCCGAGUGGUUCCUGGGUGCACGGGGCAGCUCGCUAGAGCUGUGCCACGACGGUACCGGCUCGUUGAUACAUCCACAGAUUGUCACCUCGACGCCGAUCCCGGGAGCGAUCGGUCACAGCCACCAUCAUCCGCACGGAAUAAUCGUGGGAAACGUCGGUUUGAGUGCAUCCGCAGAAUCGGUCCAUCAAUCGUCGGCUAAGCGUCCUAGUCGGCGUGGUGGUUCCCGCCAUGGUCACCUGCAUCGAUCCUCAUCGCGGCGCAACAAGGAAAAUGGUUCCUCACGCUCGAACAGUUUUCGCAAUAAGGCUAACGGUAGCAAAGGAGGAACGAAUGCUAACACAGCUGCUUCCAACAACCAUGGCACUAACGAUACGAUCAUCAACAACAGUCUCGUGGUGGUACAGACGGUCAUCAAUAAUAGUGCCGGUGGAUCAGUACCGAUGGCAGCGAGCGGAACAAUAGUAGCUGGAUCGGGUCGUGUGCGAAAACAGCGGGCCGUUUCGUUCGAACAAACUUCAACCACCACUGCCGGAACGAUGACCACGUCCAGUUCUGUUUCCGGUGGUGCGGCAUCUGGCAUGACCUGUCCGGUUACGGGAUGCAGUCUUAACCAUCAAACGGGUGGAGUCGCACCACGGACCGGUGUCGUUUGGCAUGAGUAUGCAUCAAAAUCGCUGGACGAGAAGAAGCUGCUCACCAAGCAGCAUAAUGUCAUGAGCACAUCGGGUGUCGGCGACGGUCCGGGUGGGGAUGCUGCAGGAGAAGUCCCCGUCGGUCGACGGAGCAUCGUAUCCGUGUGCGUGAACGAUCGGCAGCUGCUCGACAGUGACGAUGACUGGCCAAUGGUGGACCAAAGUCAGACUGGUCCGCUUCAUGCUCAACAACUGCAUCAUCAGCAUCCCCACUCUCAUCAUCAUCAACAUCAUCACCAUCAUCAUUCAUCGGCCAGCGGUGGUAACGCUGGCACACCGGCAACGGGAACGACAACCAGUAGCUCCACAAUGAGUACGUUACUGCAUCAUUUCAAACCGCCACGAAUAUGAUUUUAAAAGCUCUAUUGGACAAUUUCAACGAUUUCCUAUGCAAUUUCCAUAUGAUAUAUUUUUCCUUCCUUAUAAAGAGCAUCACUACCCGAGCAUCCAUUAUUGAGGAAAGGACAUGACAAGAAAUAGUAAAACACUGUUUAAUUUUCGUAAGCAACGAUGAAACUUUCGAAAGCAAUCGAACGAGCCUACAGACAUAGCAAAAAAGAUCAUCCAGAUUUUCUUGAAUAUCAAGCUAGGUAGAGUAGGUAGCGUUUUAGUGAAAAUGUUCUUUGCAUUAAAGAUGGCUACCGAUGGAAUGAAGCAGUAUCGAUUUAUUUAAACGCUUGGAAAUUCAUUUAACGUGAGGGAAAGGUAUGAAAAUGUCAGAAUUUUCAUAAUUACUACAAAUGUUUAUAGCAGGAAAAAAAUUAACGAUCAAAUCGGAGAAAGGGGCCUAUGUUUGCUAUUAGUUUUCUUCAUUUAACAUGGCCGCUUUUGCGCCAUUAUUGCCGUAAAACAUACAAGUUUAAACAUUUUGAUCCCCUUUUUAACCAAAAACUCUUAUGAUAGAAAUAUUAUGUUACGCCGACGAUCGAUUAUCUUCCGCCAGUCUUCGGAAGGUUCAACAUGCCAAACAUAGACUAACGAUAUGUAAUCAACGUGUGACAAAACGAAUAUAAAUUCAGACUGUGUAACACUAACUGCAAUGUGAACGGAAGCACACAGAAGCGAAGCCUACGACGAAGUGAAAGGUGUAUCACGAGCAUAUUAGUGCGAGCAAUCUAGUGCAUGUAUCGUGAUAAAAGUAUUAUUAUGAAAAAGUUCAUGAAAAUUGAUGUUCGUUGCAAUGAGGUUAGUUGUAAAUUAUAACGUGCACAAGAAAAGGCAAUAGGCAAAGAAUUUGCCAAUGCAAUGUCUGAGAAUGGGAAAGUGUCUAAAUGCAUCGUGCUAAGAAUAAACGGAGAAUCUAAGAAUGAUGUCUUGCAUCAUUAUCAUUACACUGUGCUUGCUUCGACCAUUGGUACAAGCAAAAGAAAAGAAGCGUUACAACUUUUCACAUCUGACGCAACCACUAGGAUUAAUGUUACUAAGUAAGCUGACGUAUCUGUUCGGUUUAAGUUAAGGUAGUAUCGAAUUUGCGUAAAGUAAUAUUUAUUUGAUAAAAUCUACAUGGUACAUUCCUACUGAUGAGAAGCUUAACAAGCUUAACACGAAAGCAAAACAAAAAAAAAACACGAAGAUGAACGCGCGUUCCAGUUAAACGAAGAAACGUUUAGCAUUAGCACGGCGGUGUAUUAUAUUGAAACGUCUCAACGACGAUCUGUGGUUCGUGUAAUAAUCAUUAAACCUAGAGACGAUGAAGAAGAUAUUGCUCAAACAUCGUGAUUAAACAAUUUCUUAUAUUGCUAACGGAAAGUAAGCCACGAAUAGGAGAAUGCGAAGGUAAAUGACAUGAGAUGAUGAAAGCAGAACUACUUUUGGCAUUUCUUCAUAAGGCAUAACAAUCAUCAAGAAGCGUCACAUUUAUCGAAUGUGUGCGUGUGUAAGUGUGUAAUUUUGAACUAUCCACGUUUAAUUAUUUGUUUAAACAAAAAAGAGUUAAAUAUAUCUGUUAAUCUACCGCGACCAUGCAAUGAAUUAUCUUCGAAAUUGUAUGUUAUUCCUUUUUCUUACGUCUAUAACGGAUCAAAGUCGAGCGAAGGGAAGAGUCGAUGAGCUACACGUAAAUGCUAUACAAUCGAACGCACUAGUGUAAGAUAAAAAAAGAUGAAAAACUUAUUACUGGAAGUUAAGAUUAACGGAAUUUUGAAUAUCAAUCAUUGUUUUAUUUUGAUUUUUUUACAAUGGUACGCGCUUUUCAAAGUAUCUCCACAAAACUCCUGAAGCUUGUGCAGCGAUAAUUAAGUUGUGAAGGUUUAUAAUUGAGUUACAAAAACGAUACCGAACUCAAGAAAGUAGAUUGUAGCGGAACAUAAUCAAACUCUGGUCACUGUAACGUUUUUCAAUCCGAAGGUUAAUAUUCUUCAAUACAACACUGUAACGGAAAAAGGUUUGACAACUCUGCAUUGAAUAAAUGGCUAGCGCCAUCUGGUGGUGGAAAAUAAUAUCAUGCAACGCUUCAAUCAACGCUUGGUUUGUGUUUGAAGAUAAUUCAAAUCAUGUAGCAGAAACAGUGAAGCGAGUUUUUGUUUAAAAUAAGUACAGAAAAAAGACAACUUUUCAGGAAUAUUACUUCUACACGCGUAAUGCUUUUACAGCUAACAGCAAAGAGAAUAAACUACCUUUAGGCAGUGAAUUUUCAGCGCAAAAAAAGUCGUUAAACAUUUGAAAUUGUAACCUUUUGUAACGGUUUUUAUAUUUCACCAAGCUCGGGCGUACGUUCGCAAACGUUUUUGUUUUAUAUUAUUUUUUCCUUAUGAUACAAUACAAUCUAAAGCGAUACCAAUGAACGUUACAGAAGAUAAAUUUUCGAUAAGCUAAUGCAAAAAAAAAACAACCUGAAACAAUCGAUCAAUCAUAAAUGUUACAAUUCUUAACUAAAUGUGAAGAAUCGCAUCCGGAGAAAACCAAAAAAAAAUUAGAGCAUUUACAAAAUGGGGAAAAAGCGUAUUUUUGCCGUGUUUAGGAUAGGCUAGUGUAAAGAAGAAAAUGAAUUAAAAAGUUGUACGUGCGUAAAAAUCACUACUGAAGAUAUCUUUCUGCUACGUGUUUUAGCACAAUGAAGGAAGGUAUCGUUUAAUAUCGUUAAACAGUGUGAGGUGCUUUUACACCGAUUGGUUUUAUUGGUCGAACUUAAUUCUGUUCUCUGGACUUUCUCCAUUAUUGCACAAUUCUUUUAAGAUUUUUUUUAGUUGUUUCAUACAAAGGAAGACCUUAAAUCUCGGGUAAUUUUUCACCAUGAAUUGGAAGUAGCAGCCUAAUUUCAAUUCCGUAACAGAAUUAGCAACUUUCUGAAAAUAAUUGAUAUAAAUUAUUAACGAUGUCCCAAGCGCAUGAAAUAGAAAACGAGAAAACGCACAACCUAUCUGCAGAGUCGAUCUUCCCUUCUUUUUUGUAUGUGUGUGUGGUCAAACUGUGUUCAGGUUAGAAAUUUGUGUUAGUGUUUCCUUUCCGAUCGUACGGAAACAAAAACGGGAAACCAUGUGUUCAAUGUAUUACGUAGCACAAACUGGCUAAAUUCAAACGAUUGAUGAUGUGUUUAAGGAUAAUUAGUUUACAUUUAAAACAGGAAGCGUUUACAAUGCACUGACACACACUUUAUUGCGAACGCUCGUAACGAAAGAGGGGCCCCAUGAAGUGGUGUAGAAGUUAAGUGGCAGGAAUCAUCAUUAACAUCAUCACCGCAUUGAUGAUACUACUGAUAAUUACGGAAAUUACGAUGGAGAAGAAAAGAAAAAAAAGAUACAAACAUAAAUUUUAAACCCUUUACGAUCGUCAAAUCAUAAUAAAAAUGCAGCGUAUAUCGAAACCAGUUUAUUAAUCUAAGACUGAAAUAAGAAACGUAA